AUGAAGCCGUCACUUCCUCCCACCGUCUGCGUCAUCGUCGCCGGCCAACCCACCCAAACAAUUCAAUGCUACAAAAACUCCCACACCCUUCCCAUCUCCCCCAACAUCUCCUUCCGCUCCAUCUCCGCCGGCGCCGAUCUCCUCUGCGGCCUAAUCUCCGGUGGCUUCAGCUUCCUCUGUUGGGACCCCCAAAAUCUCCUACCUAAGCGGAUUUAUUACAGUUAUAGUAACCGCUUAACCGAUUUAACUGUCGGAAACUCUCAUGUCUGCGCAAUUCAGGCCAACAAUGGUGAAGCUCUGUGCUGGAGGUUUCCUUCACCAGAGGUAGCAUGGAAGUUCCGUACAAUCACUUCCGGUGGUGGGUUUUCUUGUGGGAUAUUGACGAAUAACAGUAGAGUUGUUUGUUGGGGAGAGAGUGAAAUUGGAGAUGAGAUUCAGAGGGAGUUUGGUAAUCUUACCAUGUGGAGCAUAGUUGCAGGGGUGUCUCAUGCUUGUGGAUUGACACAGACUGGGAUUUUGAUCUGUAAAGGAAGCAAUUCAAGUGGACUGCUAGAUGUUCCUUCUCAUUUACCAUUCGAAUUUGAAGGUAUUGCAAUGGGUUCAAAUCAUAGUUGCGCAAUUCAGAGCAAAAAUGGGUUGGUUCUGUGUUGGGGAGGAGGGUCAAGAAGAUCGGAAUUUGUGAGAGAUGAAUUGAAAUAUGAAUCUUUCGAGGCCAUAGAGGCUGGUUUGGAUUUUAUAUGUGGAUUGACGACGAAGAAUUUAUCGGUGAUUUGUUGGGGGCCUGGGUGGUCUAAUGGGCUUAGCUUGCUUCCCUUGCCAAUGGCAAUUCCGGGUCCGUGUGUUCAAUCUUCUUCAUGUAGCAUUUGUGGUGUGUACCCAAAUUCAGAUAGUCUCUGUGCUGGUUCUGGAAUCAUAUGCAAAUCCUGUAAUGCUGAACUCCCAAUUCCAGCAAUAAUUCUGCCACGGCCGCUGCAACCACCGAAACCGCCACUGUCACCGUUGCGAGUUCUACCGCCACUCUCUCCGCCACCGGGAGCCAAAAAAAGGCUUUUCUUGGCGUUUGGGGUUGUUGGAUUCAUCGGGGGUUUUAUAGGGAUUUGCAGUGUUGUUUAUUGCUUGUGGAAGAGUGGUGUUUGUGGUUUGUUCCAAAACAAAAUUCAUUGUUCUGUGCAACCCACAAUUGGGAGGGCUAAUGUGGGUACUUCAAUGGCUGCUAAUGGUGGUUCUAAUGUGAGAUUAGCCUCUUUGAAGUGCCAAAACUCGCGAACGUUGAGGCGGCAAAGGAGCGGGACUAGUACUUCAUCGAAGCAAGCCGACAGGGUGGAGAAAUUUUCCCUAACAGAGCUCGGUGUCGCCACCAACAACUUCUCUCCCGAAAACAAGAUAGGUAGAGGAAGCUUUGGAACAGUUUACAGAGGCGAACUUGCUGACGGUCGCAAAGUAGCCAUCAAAAGAGGUGAGAUUGGUGCGAGAAUGAAGAAAUUGAGAGAAAAAGAGACUGCAUUUGAUUCAGAGCUAGCAUUGUUAUCACGGCUUCACCACAAACACUUGGUGGAGCUUGUGGGAUUUUGCCAAGAAACCGAUGAGAGGCUCUUGGUUUAUGAGCACAUGAGCAAUGGGUCGCUACAUGAUAAUCUCCACAACACAAACAAUAUUGAAAAUCGCUGCAGUGUCUUGAAUUCUUGGAGAAUGAGGAUCAAAAUUGCGUUAGACGCUGCCAGAGGAAUCGAUUAUCUCCACAACUAUGCGGUGCCACCGAUAAUUCACAGAGACAUCAAGUCCUCAAACAUCCUCCUGGAUGUGAAUUGGACAGCCAAAGUGUCUGAUUUCGGAUUAUCAUUAAUGGGUCCAGAGCCUGAUCAAGAGUCCAUGUCAAGCAAGGCAGUUGGGACAGUUGGGUAUAUUGAUCCUGAGUACUAUGUACUGAACAUUUUGACAGUUAAGAGUGAUGUCUACGGCUUAGGAGUGGUCUUGUUGGAGCUUUUGACAGGGAAGAGAGCAGUGUUUAAGGAGGGAUUGUGUCCUAUGGGGGUGGUGGAGUAUGCAGUGCCGCUGAUAGCAGCAGGGGAGCUAGAUAGUGUGUUGGAUAAAAGGGUGGCGCCACCAGAUGUGAGGGAGGCCGAGGCGGUGGAGCUGGUGGCUUACAUUGCUAAGCAUUGUGUUAAAUUGCAGGGUUGGGAAAGACCCUCCAUAACUGACAUUGUGGUUAAUUUGGAGAGAGCUUUGGCUCUUUGUGAGGGUGGCAUUUCUAGUCCCACUUGCUACAUUGAUAAUUCACAAUGAAAUUUCACUUCUCUCAUUUUUUUUCUUCUUCGUGGUUAUGAUUUGUUCUAAUACAAGCUUAUUUUGAUUGAAAUGAAGGGAAUUGCCUCGUUCUUUCUAU